UCGCUCAGUUCAUAUGUAAGAUGACUCAUCUGAAGGACCUGACACUUGGCGGUCAGUACCACAAUGACUUCUACUCAACAUCUUCGUCGAUGGCAUCAUCUGCAAAGAGUGGUAACACGAGCCCCACCCUGUCUGAGCUGACAGUGGAUGAUAACACACUACGAAGAUGGCAGGAUUGUGGUUCGAUGUUUGACAAUGUGAAGAGGGUCACUAUACAGGUAUACAACUCAAUCAGCUAUGACGUCAUCCAGAGGAUCCAUCUACCAGGAGCAACAGAACUCACCAUACAAACACAUGAGUAUGCAGAUCGACCGGCUGGUUUCCAUGAGGAGCCCACUUCACUACCCAAUGCCCUCCUGAAUAUCUCCCCUCAGCUUGUCAAGGUGACAUUCAGCGAUCUUGCCAUUGGUAACAGUAAGAUGGAACUAAUCUUACAAGCUUCCAGAUCACCCCACAACCUCAAACAUCUGAAGACUAUCAGAUUCGUAAGAUGCUGGACAGAUGUGAGCGUGAAUGAUGUCACCACUGCAUGGAAUGAAGACAACGUCAUGGCGGUGGAGGUGGAGCACGGCAAACCACGUGGGUAA